UCCCGCUGAUGAUGUAGAGGACAAACCCAGAGACCAUCACACAAACAGUGUGCAUUAACGGUGCACGCGCACUUCCUCCAGAUGUAGGCUCGGGUUGAUUGUGUCGAGUGGCUCGGAGCGAUGGGCUCGUUCGCUGCGGCGGUGAACGGCGUGUCUCACACCGAGGACCCGUUCUCCGGACCUCUCACAUCCAUCGCACCCUGGAACUACCGAGUCCUGGCGGCGCUGAUGUUCGUGGUGACCUCUGUGUCUCUGUGCGAGAACUUCACCGUGAUGCUCGUCACCUUCAGGUUCAAGCAGCUCCGACAGCCGCUCAAUUAUAUCAUCGUCAACCUGUCUCUGGCGGACUUCCUCGUGUCUCUGAGCGGCGGAACCAUCAGUUUUCUCACCAACUAUCACGGCUAUUUCUUCUUGGGAAGAUGGGCUUGUGUUUUGGAGGGAUUCGCAGUCACCUUUUUUGGAAUCGUUGCUCUGUGGUCUCUGGCCGUCCUGGCGUUCGAGCGGUUCUUCGUCAUCUGUCGGCCGCUGGGGAACAUCCGUCUGCUAGGAAAGCACGCAGCUCUGGGUCUGCUCUUCGUCUGGACCUUCUCCUUCAUCUGGACCAUUCCUCCUGUCCUGGGCUGGAGCAGCUACACCGUCAGCAAGAUCGGCACCACCUGCGAACCCAACUGGUAUUCAGGAAAUAUCCAGGAUCACACCUUCAUCAUCACAUUCUUCACCACCUGCUUCAUCUUUCCUCUCGGUGUGAUCAUCGUCUGCUACUGCAAACUGCUCCAAAAGCUCAGAAAGGUGUCUAACACGCACGGCAGGCUGGGUAAUGCCAGGAAGCCGGAGCGUCAGGUGACUCGUAUGGUGGUUGUGAUGAUCGUGGCCUUCAUGGUGGCCUGGACUCCGUACGCUGCGUUCUCCAUCGUGGUCACAGCCCUUCCCAGCAUUCACCUGGACCCCCGGCUGGCAGCCGCUCCGGCGUUCUUCUCCAAAACCGCAGCGGUUUACAACCCCAUCAUCUACGUGUUCAUGAACAAACAGUUCAGGAAGUGUGUGGUUCAGCUUUUGAGCUGUAGGGACAUCACCGUCAUCGAGGGAAACAUCAACCAGACCACCGAGCGUGCAGGUAUGACCAAUGAGAGCAACACAGGAGAGAUGUCUGCCAUCGCCAGAAUCGUCCCAUCUAAGACAGAAGAGCAUCCCAAUGAACGCAGCUCCUGCGUCCAAAUUCCCAUUCCUGAGAACAAAGUAUGUCCGAUGUGAAGACACGUGCCAACACGCUUGUCACUCAUGUUUUUCGGAUGAAUGCAUAUUUUCUCUUGAAUUCGGGCAUCCAAACUUUAGUCUAAAAAUCAUUGAUCUAGCAUUAAAUUCUGGCAUUGAAAUAUGCAGUGUUGGGGAUGAAACUAUCUGCAAACUACCCUUAAAAACGAAUUCACUACAAAAACAAGAAGGUGGCUAAAGAGCGAUAUCUUUUAAAAUAUAAUUUGCAUUUAUUUGAAAGCU